ACCAUUUUCUGUUGGGAAGUCAUGUGCUUCAGUACAACAGUCUUUUUAAUUUUCCAACUGAAGUAUGUUUCACUUUCAACGAUGCCAAUAACACAAGAUAUCUCAUUAAAUGACGCAUAUGCCCUCAUCGUUCUCCUCUAUUUACCCCCCUGAGGCCACCAACUUCCGGACAGUGAAUCCUUUCUGUUCCGGGUUUUUAUGUAUGCAAGCAAUGGAGAUAAUGAGGAAGCUCAAUCAGGACUUAUUUGGAAAUCUGAGGAUUUUCUGCACAAGGGUUGUGAGCCUUGGGAAUGGAAUUGUAAGGAGAUAUUGUAAACUCUGGGAUUUUCAGUCUCUCAAUGUAGCUGUUGGAAUUGGAUCAUUGUUGUUCUGCCUUUUCGCAUUGGUGUGUGUGUAUUUCUAUUUGUUUCCCAGUCUUAGUCCUGUUAGGCAUAGUUAUGAGAUUGUUUCUACGCCCAGAAAUGGUUCUAUUUCGGCUGAGAAAUGCAAUGUCUUUGAAGGAAAAUGGAUUCAAGAUGAAAGUUACCCUUUGUACAAUGCCUCACAAUGUCCGUUCGCGGAACGAGGAUUUAGUUGCUUGGCUAAUGGUAGGAGAGAUAGAGGUUACACAAAAUGGAGGUGGAAGCCGAAAAAAUGCGAUAUUCCGAGGCUUGAUGUGCAGAAAAUUCUCGGAAAGCUUUAUGGGAAGAGAGUGGUUUUUGUUGGUGAUUCAUUGAGCAGAACUCAAUGGGAGUCUUUGAUAUGUAUGCUUAUGACUGGUGUGGAUGACAAGAGGAGUGUUUAUGAAGUGAAUGGAAACAAAAUCACCAAACAGAUUAGAUUUUUGGGAGUAAGGUUUAGCACUUAUAAUCUUAGGAUCGACUUUUAUCGGUCGGUUUUCUUGGUGCGGCCUAGUUCAGUGCCUAGGCGUGCGCCGAAGAGGGUUAAAUCGACUCUUAGACUUGACCUCAUGGAUGACAUUAGCAAAGAAUGGAUUGAUUCUGAUGUUUUAGUAUUCAAUUCCGGGCACUGGUGGACACCUACUAAGCUUUUCGAAAUGGGCUGCUAUUUUCAAGUGGGUAAAUCACUGAAGCUCGGAAUGCCUAUCAAUACUGCCUUCAGAAAAGCAUUGGACACUUGGGCCUACUGGGUUGAGAAUAUGGUCAACACAAACAGAACAAGUGUGUUCUUUCGAACUUUUGAAUCAUCGCACUGGGGGGGAAAGAAUCGUAAUACUUGCAAAGUGAAUAGGCGUCCUUGGUCUAGGACCAACGGGCGUGACCGGAGCAAGAUUUCAGACAACAUAGUAAAGGUCGUGAAGCAAAUGAAAGUACCUGUUAACCUUCUGCACGUCACACGGAUGGGGGCGUUCCGGAGUGACGGGCAUGUGGGCACUUGGGGUGAUAAUCCAUCCGUGCCGGAUUGUAGCCAUUGGUGUCUACCUGGUGUGCCUGAUGUGUGGAAUGAAAUUCUCUUGUCAAGUCUGCUAAAUGGCUAAAGUCACUUCCCAGGAGGAUAUGAAGUGAAAAGGGUCUAACUUGUAAGAUAAUCUCCUCACGAUCCAUAUCUUGUGGAAUAAUUAUUUACAUGAGGAAAACAUGGUUUGAAGUCAUUCUAGACGAAGCCAUUUUUUGAAGAAAAUGAAAACAAAGGCACACAUAAUGGCCUUGAUGGUAAAAGGAGAACAUCAGAGAUUUCGCAAUUUGACUUGCAUAUCAUUUUUGUGGUUCAUUAAGUAAACAUGUAAACA